AUGGGGUACCCGGAAUCAAAAUUGAUUCAAGAUGUGUGUACGAGAUGGAAUUCCACGUAUGACAUAUUUCAACGGUGUAUGGAUAUAAAAAAACCUCUUAUGAGUACAAUUGCUAUUAUAGGUAAUAUGGAUAGUUUAGUACACGAAAACUUUGAAAUAAUAAAACACUACUGUGUGAUAUUUAAACCUUUCAAAGAAGUAACUGUCAAACUAAGUAGAGAAAAGGCAUUUCGAUUUCAAAAGUCAUAAUUUUAAUUAAAGCAUUCACAUAAAAAACUAAAGAAAAAGAACCAAAUUUACCAUAUACUUAUAUAUAAUUAUAGAUAAGUAUAUUAUAACUUAUAUACAAUAAUUUGAUGCUUUCUAAAAUGUUAACAAAAGCCAAUGCUAAAUUUUAAAAUAUUGAAAACCAGCCUAUUUUAACAAAAGCAACCAUUUUAGAUCCACUUUUUUAAAAAAAACAUCAUACAUAUCAAAAAACUAAUGAAAAAAUAAAACAAAAGGUUGCAGGAAUUAUUCGUUUAAACUAGAAUCCAGCAGAAAAUGAAAAAAAAAACCAUACCGUGAAAAAGCAACUUCUGAAAUUUAGCAACAUUAUGACUCUCAGGUACAUAAAUUAUAUUAUCAUUGAUAUUUAAGUAGUUUAUAUAAUUAUUAGUUAAUGAUUUUUAGGUGUCAACUUCAACUUCAGUCAACACGCCAACAUCUGAAGCUAUAGUUGAGUUAGAUAGAUAUUUGAACGAAUCUAUAUUAGACCGAAAAUCAGAUCCCCUUAAAUGGUGGAAUGACGGAAAAAAAAUGUAUCCAAAUUUAUUUGAUUUAAUGUUAUUGCUUUUGUGUGUACCUUCUACAUCAGUCCUGAGUGAAAGGACGUUUUCAAAAGUUGGCUACAUCAUUUCCGAAAGACGUAAUGGGUUGUCAACAAAAAAUACGGAAAUGUUAAUAUUUUUAAACAGUAUUUAUUAA